AUGAGUAAUAACAUAGCAGUGAGAAUUAGAAGUAAGGCUGGUGUAGAGAAUAUAAGAUCAUUGGACAGUGCUACCACUACAAUUGCAACCUUUCAAUCAUUGAUUCAAGAGAAGACUGGUAUAGAGGUCGCAAGACAGAAGAUAUUGUGUGGCUAUCCUCCAGCAGCACUUGAUGUAACAGACAAAGAGCAGACAAUUGCAAAGUAUAUAACAAAUGGUGACACAAUAACAGUGGAGGAGAUUGCUGUUGCUGGUGGUGAAUCAAGUGUCCCAGCUUCUGCUACUACAGCCACUACUAAACCAGCAACGUCAUCAUCAUCAUCGAAUACCAGUGGACCUGAGGGAACAAUCGUAAGAAGAUUGACAGAGAAUGACAACAGUUGUUUGUUUAGUGCAGUGGCAUACGUAUUGGAGCAUAAGAACAGAGCAAAGGCAUCACAUCUAAGAUCAAUCAUUGUCAAUGUAGUUAAGCAGGAUCCAUUCACUUAUAAUGAAGGAUUCCUGGGGAUGGAUAACAGUAGCUAUUGCGCAUGGAUCACAAACCCAAAGCAUUGGGGUGGUGCAAUUGAGUUGUCCAUACUGUCCCAGCACUACAAGGUGGAGAUUGGUGCAUUCGAUAUAUCAACCAAGAUCCUGUACCGCUAUGGCGAGGACUGUAACUACAAAGAGAGGGUAUAUGUAGUUUAUGAUGGUAUACAUUAUGAUGCCUUGGCACUAUCACCGGUCAAGAUCCAUCCCUCUCCCGAGGAGUAUGACAUUACUAUAUUCUCAUCAAAUGACGCGACAACAUUGAAGAAAGCUACAUCAUUCAUCGAGAAGGAGAACAAGGAGGGCAAGUUCACAGAUACCAACAAGUUCCAGUUGAUAUGUUUAGACUGCAACAAAGUAUUGGUGGGCGAGAAGGAAGCAUCGAUGCAUGCAAUGGAGACAAAGCAUUCCAAAUUCACAGAGCUUAAGCAACGAGUAUAG